GAGAUGACUCACCAGUCACCACUGCCCCUCUCCUCUCUCUCCAGCCGUCAAAUAUUCGCAGGUGCGAGCCGGGCCGCCGCAGGCAGCGACGACGCCGAGCCCGGCCCGGCGGCUAAGCCAGCAGCGAGCUGAUCGAUAUAUACCCCACACCCCCAGCCCCAGCAGCAGCAGCAGCAGCCAAGCGCCACGCUCCACCGUACCAACCGCAACCAGCCGCGCGCCGUGAUCAUCAGUGCGGUGGUGCUGUAGUUGCUUUCCGCUCCGCUGCUCGGCUUCGCUUUCCUGCCGUUGUGCGGACCGGCAUCGAUCUACCAGGGCGAGGAGGAUGAAGGUGUCGGUGGCCGCGGCGGCGGCGGCGCUGCUGCUGCUGCUGCUCUCGGCGGCGGACGCGAGCGAGCUCAAGCUGGGGUACUACGCCAAGACCUGCCGGGGGUGGGAGAACGUGGUCAAGGACCACGUCGCCAAGGCCGUCCGGGCCAACCGCGCCAGCGGCGCCGCCCUCGUCCGCCUCAUCUUCCACGACUGCUUCGUCAGGGGUUGCGACGCGUCGGUGCUGCUCGACCCGACGCCGGCGAACCCGCACACGGAGAAGACGGCGCCGAUCAACAUCGGGCUGGCGGCGUUCGAGGUGAUCGACGACAUCAAGGCGGCGCUGGAGGAGCGGUGCCCCGGCACGGUGUCGUGCUCGGACAUCGUGGUCUUGGCGGCCCGGGACGCGUCCAGCAUCCUGAGCAACGGGCACGUGCACUUCGACCCGCCGGCGGGGCGGCUGGACGGCAAGGUCUCCCGCGCCGCCGACGCGCAGCGGGACCUCCCGGACUCGACCUUCACGAUCGCGGAGCUGAUCCGCAACUUCCGGAGCAAGAACUUCACGGUGGAGGAGCUGGUGAUCCUGUCGGGCGCGCACGCCGUCGGCGUGGGCCACUGCUCCUCCUUCCGCGCGCGGCUGACCUCGCCGCCGAGCCAGAUCGUGCCGGCGUACCGGAACCUGCUGACCGGGCGGUGCGCGGAGGGGCCGGACCCCGUGGUGCCGAACAACGUGCGGGACGAGGACCCGCGCGCGGUGGCGGCGGCGUUCCCGUCGUUCCUGAAGAAGCUGCGGCGGAGCGGGGACUUCCUGGACAACAGCUACUACCACAACAACCUGGCCCGGAUCGUUACCUUCAACUCGGACUGGCAGCUGCUGACGGAGAAGGAGGCGCUGGGGCACGUCAAGGAGUACGCCGAGAACGGGACGCUGUGGGACGAGGACUUCUCCGAGGCGCUGGUGAAGCUCAGCAAGCUGCCUAUGCCGCCGCGCAGCAAGGGGGAGAUCAGGAGCCACUGCCGCGUCGUCAACGGCCACCACCACCACCACUGAUCGAACCGACGCAGCUGAUCGAAACUGUGAUUACUACAGUCUCUCGCCUUCAUCAUUUGAUUGUUCAUUUUGUUGUUGAUGCUGUACGUUGCCUUCUCCUAUUCCUAUGUGUUUUUUUUGUUGUUGUCUUUCUGGUGUUGGGGGAUGUAAUGUGAUUGAUAUGUUAUAUGAUCUUUGGAUGCACAAAGUUACUGAAAAAAGGUGGGACAUGGUCAUUUGUUGUAAGAACCACUCAAGUUGGUUUGGA